UAAUGAUUCUAGCCGUUGUAUCAUUUGCCAAAUAUCGAUGAUGCCCGUUUAUUGAACGAACUACGACGGCCUCUUCCUAUGUCUUCAAGUUUAUCUCUAAAACAGAAGAUUUUUGAAUACUGAAAUGCAAAGAUUGUUGAAAAGUCGUCUAUUAUUUUCAGUUUCUCAAUGUUUCCAAAGUAUGAGUGCUGUCCGUCCUUUACGCGACAAAUGUGUAAGACAGUUAUCGCCUCAGCACAGGCACUUUACGACGAAUACAGUGAAAGAAGAUAGUUGGAAGCAGCACCUAAAGUAUUAUGUGAUUGGUGGAACGUUUCUAAUCGUAGUUUUACCUGGAUGUUGCCUUUAUGUGGGUUAUUUGCUUUCUCAACGUUCUUUCAAAGUGUCAGUUGAUCCUUGGAAAUACAAAACAGAAGCAAGUUGGUAUUUGGCAGUAGCACACUAUAUUGUUGUAGAAACAGGACCCUGUUUUUUGAUGACUCACGGAGAUGGUCAAGUAGUAAACGCCAGAAUUGUGGAUCCUCUAGAGCCCGAACGAGGCUUGGAGCAAGUUUUCUUUGCUUCCAAUCCUAAUACAAGGAAGAUAUUAGAGAUUGAACGAAAUCCCAGAGUAUCUUUAGCUUUCUAUCUUCCGGGUCAAAUAUCUUAUGUAGUCCUUCAAGGAGUUGCAAGAAUUAUCAAAGAUCCUGACAUAAAAAAGCGCUUUUGGAAACCGGCCUGGAAGUUUUUUUAUCCUCAAGGACCUGAAGGAGAUGACUGUGUGAUAGUUCAGGUUUUGGUUGAUCAUAUUGAACUGAUAAAGAUAUAAAGCGAAGAACAACAUGGAAUGUGGUA